AUGGCAAGUGUGAGCCUCAGGUCAUUGCUUCAUCGUGCGACAAGUUCAACGAGGCCAUUUGUUUUUGGCAUGAUUCAUGUGCCGGCACUUCCAGGGACUCCUAAAUCGCAGUUGUCAAUAUCAGAUAUAGUUAAGAAAGUCAAGGAAGAAGCUUCAAUUUAUGCAUCAGCCGAAGUGGACGGUAUAAUAGUGGAGAAUAUGCACGAUGUACCAUAUAUCCAAGAGCCGUCGAUUGGUCCGGAAGUAGUAGCAACAAUGACACGCGUGUGUAUGGCCGUGAACGAGGUAUUGGAUCAGUACAAAAGUCAGCACUUCGUUAAAGGCAUUCAAAUUCUUGCUGCUGCUAACAAACAAGCCAUUGCUGUUGCACAUGCUUGUGGAUUUGAUUUCAUUCGUGCGGAAUGUUUCACAUUCGGUCAUGUUGCUGAUGAAGGACCUAUGUCAGCAUGCGCUGGACCGUUGCUUAGGUAUCGUAAACAAAUUGGAGCCGAUCAAGUCGCUAUUGUCACCGAUAUUAAGAAGAAACACUCGUCACAUGCAAUAACCUCAGAUUUAUCGAUUGGUGAUAUCGCUGAAGCAUCAGAAUUCUUCCUCGCUGAUGGAUUAAUUGUAACUGGAUCUUCGACUGGGUGUGCUGCUAGUGUUGAUGAUCUUAAAGCUGUACUUCAUCGCACUCUUUUACCAGUGUUUAUCGGAUCGGGUGUGACCUCAGAAAACAUGGAUGCUUUCAUUGAUGCGGAUGCAUUCAUUGUCGGUUCCUUCUUCAAGAAGGGUGGUCAUUGGGAGAAUGAUUUGGAUGAAUCGACCAUAUGUUCAUUCAUGGAAAAAGUUCGUCAAAUUAAAAGAGUUAAAAUUUUUAGUUCAAUUAAUGUUUCUUAA